AUGCAGGAAUGGAGCUCCUUCUUGAGAGAUCUCUACUACGCGGGAGAAGCGAAUGAGUCAGUGGCAUAUUACGUCUUCGAAAUCGUCGGCGACCAUGCCGAGGCUUUCGGGAGGACCACACAACGUAGACUCAACGCUACUGGAGGCUCGGGCGGAUCCGAAGUGGUCGAUCUCCGCCCUUAUUCGGAACUCUGGAUGGCGUUUCUCGAUAGCCUGACCCGGAGAACCGAGGCCCCGUACCUCAAGAGUCGACCGGUUUUCGCAAAGACGCUCGUUCGUGUGUGUUUGAACUUCUGGACCGAAAGCAUGAUCCUGAACAAUGAGAGCACCUUACUGCCGAAUAUGAUGAAGUUGGUCGCGCGACAAAUCUUCGAGUACGAGGAGAACACAGAGCAACACCAAGAAAUGGAGAAAAUCAUCAAAACCUUCGAUGCUUUGCCCCGCGCGCCACGUAGAAGAGCUCUCAGGAAACUCGGGCAGGUGUUUUGGAGAGUCGUGGUUACGGAAUCCUUCGUCGAGCACGUACUUGCUGUCCUAUCAUGUGACACAACCUCGAGAGCAAUCGUUUCGAUGGUAGAUUGGAAAGUCGAUAUCGAGGCUAAAAUGGUCGAGUUAAGCUUCUCGGAUAAGAGGAGACGAGCCCUGAGCGCUUUCCUGUGCAAAAAUUUAGGGCCGAAAAUCAUCUCGAAGGAAUUUGACGAAAUGUCCCUCGUUUUCGAGAAAUUGGAACCUCUUCUCAAUGAAACGACGACUCCCACCCAUCUCGCAACUCAGCCGAGGUCCGCUCUCCUCAACCCGACUACAUAUUACAAAGCUCACGGACUUUUCCCGGGACUGGACGGAUGGAUGAACGAUCACACGACCCUCAGACUGGCCUGUGGCGCAAGCAUAGACAGGAUUGACAAAUGUUGGCUAGAAGGGGUCAAACGAUAUGUUCCCGCUCAGAUUAGGUCGUUUCCGACUGGGAGCUCUCUGCUCAUCACUGAUAGCAAAACAUACUGCGACUUCUACUACGACUCGUGGUCUUCCUACUGCAAUCAUUUACACUUCCAUGGCGUUUUAAUGGCCCAUAUGUAUCUCGAACCCGAAAAAGACGGGAUCCUCGAUGAUCUCAUUGGAUUCUGGCAAAAGCGGGUUAUCGAGCCUGAGCGUCCGAAGCUCUUCGGGCACAUGGGUGUUCUAUUCCGAGAAUACUUCGCCGGUUUCGGGCCUGACAUUGAUGUGAAGCUGCUGUCGAUUGUCAACUCCUUCCGCUAUUUCAAAUCGAAGAGGGAUAUCGACGACUUCCAGAAAUAUUUCUCCACCGAAGUAUUGCAGCCGUUCGCGGACGAUGUCUUAGAAGCAACGCAAGGCUUUCCCGAUUCUUUCGUAGUCGCAGAGAGGAUCUCGGAAACCGUGCUCCGAUUUGAGAGAGCCCGCAAGCAAUUGGGUUUCGAUGUUUCAAUAUUCCGAGAGUCCAAAGAGAAGUUAAUGAAACCAUAUUACGAAAUACUCAGCCUUAACGUGAGGAAAACCCUCGUUUUCUUUCCAUACUCAUAUCUCGUAUCUGAUGGAUACUGUGGUGAUUGA